CCUUGUCUUCUCAGAGAAACAAGCGAUGUGGAUAAUCGGAACGUGGGCAUCGGCGUUGAUCGUCGCGUGGCUAGUUCACUGGAUUUACAGGUGGAGUAACCCCAAGUGCAACGGCGUUCUUCCUCCUGGUUCUUUGGGGCUUCCUCUCAUUGGCGAGACCAUUCAGUUGAUGGUUCCUAGUUACUCUAUGGACCUCAAUCCAUUCCUCAAGAAGAGAAUACAAAGGUAUGGAAAGACAUUUCGGACGAGCAUGGUGGGUCGGGCAGUAGUAGUGUCGGCCGAUCCAGAAUUCCGCCAGUUUGUCGUCCAGCAAGACGGGAAGCUCUUUGAGUCGUGGCAUCUAGAUACGUUCGCAAAGAUCUUCGCGCAAGAGAGCGAGGGCAGCACCAACGUCCCAAACGUCCACAAGUAUGUCCGAAGCACGGUUCUAAAGCGCUUCGGCUUGGAGGGCCUUAGGGAGAAGUUGCUUCCCUUGAUGGAAGAAGUGUCUCGAUUGACCAUAAAGAGUUGGUUAGGCCAAGAAUCCGUCGACGCAAAAUAUGCCACCGGAACAAUGGCAAUUGAAUUUGGCGCAAAGCAACUGUUAAGUUAUGAUCCUACACAAUCAUCACAGGAGUUUUAUGACCUGUUCUUUUCGUUUAGUCGGGGCCUUAUGUCAAUUCCUUUGAACAUACCGGGUACAAUACAUUACAAAUGCAUGAAGGACCAUAAGAAGGCAUUGUCAAUCAUUCGAGGAAUCGUAAAAGAGCGGUUUUCUUCGUCGGAGACACCUCACAACGACUACCUUUCUCACACCAUGGCUGAUAUGGGCAAAGAGAAAUUCUUAAAAGAGGAUUCCAUAGUUCAGCUUAUAUUUACACUUCUUUGGGUCAGCUUCGAUUCUCUUUCGACGACAUUGACAUUAGCUCUAAUGUUCCUCGAAGAGAAUCCCAAAGCAUUGCAAGAAGUCACGGACGAGCAUGAAGCCAUAAUAAAGCAAAGAGAAUUUAAAGACUCCUCGAUCACGUGGAAAGAAUACAAAUCGAUGCCUUUAACUCUUCAUGUAAUACAUGAAUCACUAAGGUUGGGAAGCCUCGCACCUGGUAUGUUGAGGAGGGCAAAAAGGGACGUAGAAUGGAAUGGAUACACAAUUCCAGCAGGCUGGGGAGUUUGGCUAUCUGCUACCGCUUUUCACUUUGAUCCUGAGAUAUAUAAAGAUCCUACAGCAUUCAACCCAUGGCGCUGGAAGGACUGCGAAUCAGAUGCCCUACUCAAGAAUUUCAUGCCUUUUGGAUCGGGAAUGAAACAAUGUGCCGGAGCGGACUACACGAGAGUUUUCCUGGCGACUUUUCUACACGUCUUGGUGACGAAAUACAGAUUUACAAAGGUCAAGAGAGGUCAAAUUCGCCGAAGUCCAAUUCUGGACAUCGGGGAAGGCUUGCACAUCAAGGUCAUGGAAAAAUAGAGAUAAAACUGCUUCCACCCUUUCACGACAUCUCAACUUUCUUGGUUGUAAUGAUAUAGUUUCGAUGUUUUCUUUCUCGGCAAACUUCACUGUUUUUAUGGAAAUUUAAUCUUCAUAUGUCAACCAGAUCUUUUGAUUUGGUUUU